CAUUUCGUCGGACGGUUGUAUGUUCCCUGGAAACUAUAAAAUGUGGAUAAGAAGAAGACAGGCAGACUUGUUAUUCUUUCCCUGGUUUAUCUCCAUCUUGGAUUGCACUUAGAGAGAGUGUGGGAGAGAGGGAGAGAAUGGAAGUGGGUAUGUCUCUAAAUGCUCUGGUACGACUUCCUCUAUCGAAAUCUAGGAGUGCCCACGAAAGCAGCUUCUUCAGAACUUCAACCCUCUCACGUCCGAGCAGCUGCAGCAGAAGGCAGCAGAAGAAACAUUUGGUGGUGGAAGCAAAGGGAAAGAAAGGGGUGCAAUCUCGACAGUUCCAAAGGACGCCGCCUCCAGGUUUGCCCAAAAUCGAAGAUGAUGGCAACCCAAGAUUCGUCAUCUUCAUCCGAACCGACAGUGUUUAUCUUUGGUACCCACUUAGUCUUAUAACAGGUGGUACAACUGCGAAGAUAAUGGUUGCAGCAAAAGAUAAUUUGCUUGGAAAAUAUAUCUACAAAGAUACAAUUGCCAGAAAUCUUGCGGCUGUGAUCUAUAAAGAUGAGAAGGAGAUACAAAAGACAGCAUUUAGGCAAUAUCGUGUGUUACGAUCAGCUACUGCAUUUAGAUAUGGCUACAAACUUGUUGAAAAUAAUGAUGUAAGAGCUGCACUUUCUAGUACAAAUGUUAUCGAGCUUCCAACACAAGAGGAGCUGAAAACUGUAGUCGAUAAAGUGAUGGACUUCUUUGGUGGUGCCAAAGAAUCAUUUGGGAAGCUUACUGCUUUAGGUUCAAUCACAAAUGAGGAAUCAGGAGAAAAAUCUGAGGUGAAGGGCUGACAUGGCAGGUGAUUGCUGUUCGUUUGAUCUUGGAAAGCUUCAUUUCUUUGUUUUAGCAUGGCGAGUAUGCUUUCAGAAUGAGAUUUUGUAUACAGAACACCACAAUUGUAAGCUUUUGUUUAUAGUUUUCUAUUUAUCAAAUGAAAUGGUUGGAAUUUCUAUGCCGUUUUACAUGUAAAGGUUUUGAGUAUCUUUGAACUGUGAAUAACAUGGGGAUUGAGAGUGA